AGAUGCAUGGCAACUGCAGCAUGAGGUCCAGUAAGCUUCAGUGAUCGGCAUCAAAGGCACGCUAAAUAGCUCUAAAUAGACAUGGCUGACUCGACGUAUGUACCGGCUUCAAGGUUGACAAGUAAAAAGAAAGUGCCUAAGCCAUUGGAUAUAAUGAGUGGGGCGAAAGGAUGUUUCGGCAUGUACUGGAAACCAAUCUCUGGCUGUAUGCCCUUAGGAAAGAGAAUGCACUUGCACCUUAUAAUGAUCAAGGGCUUGUCGUAUUAUCUCAUUUGUCACUAAUCAAUUGCACUAUAUGCGGGAGCGCGGGAAGCUCCGUCAUAUCUCAAUCACGAGAGUCAAACAACUCCGGCUGCUCGGAUAUGAUGCAGGUGGAGUUGGAAUCCAAAUCUAACGUUCAGUGUCAGUGGGCGCCAACUAUCAAAAAAAUUUGCUCUUUCCACAGCCUUGGUGGCGUUAGCAAUGACUCACCGGGUGUUCUUCCAACGAGUGAAUGCCACCGAAGACACCAACAUAAACAACACGGUGCUGGUGCAGAGAUGCAGCGCGUCACUAAAGACAGAAAGUCAAUACGUCUCAAAAACACGGGAAAACGGGUGACAGUGGCAAAUCAUGCAGGUGCCACUAACGGUGGAGAGUGGUCACCUUCUGCAUAAGCUGAAAAUUUGACCCUCCGAGAGUCCGAGGUUUGCUGGGAACGACAGCAUUGCAGGGUCUCAGCAGGGAUAUGCCCAAUAAUGAAGCCCGAGAGUUCCUGGAGAGCAAUGGAAUCGGGGACAUCGGGUAGUUCUGCAAGCAUUUGUUUCAUUCCACGCAAAUCCUUAGAAUCAUUGGAGUAUUUCCAAGCGCAACGAGUAACGUCAGG